AUGCAGAGGUGCGCCAGCAGCGGCGAAACAACACAUCUCAUUGCUGAUAUCGAGGGACAGGAUCCACUGAAUCUCGACUCCUUGCUGUCUGAAGAGGAAAUUGCCAUCCGGUAUGGUCUCUGUGAGAACCUUAUGCCCCGCGUUCUUGAUGGGUGGCGCACAGAACAGUUCAAUCACGAUAUCCUCCCAGAAAUGGGCAAGCUCGGACUUUUGGGCCCGACCAUCAAGGGUUAUGGCUGCGCGGGCGUAAACAACGUUGCGUACGGACUCAUAGCUCGCGAGAUUGAGAGGGUGGACUCGGGCUACCGCUCGACAGCGUCGGUGCAGUCUUCGCUCGUGAUGCAUCCCAUCAACGAGUUCGGGUCGGAAGCUCAGAAAGAAAAGUAUCUUCCGCGACUGGCUAAGGGGGAGAUCAUCGGCUGUUUCGGUCUGACAGAGCCAAAUCAUGGAUCGGAUCCUGCGGGGAUGGAGACGACUGCCGAGGAAACCGAGGGCGGUUUUGUGCUUAACGGCGCAAAGACCUGGAUUUCAAACGCACCUGUCGCAGACAUUUUCGUAGUAUGGGCACGAUGCAAGUGGGACAACAAAGUACGCGGUUUCAUCCUUGAGAAGGGUAUGAAGGGCCUGGAAGCGCCGGCGAUUAAGAACAAGGUCGCAUUGCGGGCUUCAGUCACUGGAUCCAUCUUCAUGGAUACCGUGAAGCUUACGCAUGACGCCGUCCUGCCCAACGGAUCGGGGCUGGGUGCAGCAUUCUCGUGCCUGAACAGUGCUCGCUACGGCAUCUCUUGGGGCACCAUGGGCGCACUCGAAGACUGCAUUGCGCGUACGCGCGACUAUGGUUUGGAGCGCAAGCAGUUCAACCGGCCACUUGCUUCGUUCCAACUUGUCCAGAAGAAGUUGGUUGACGCCCAAACGGAGGUUGCGCUUGGGCUCCAGGCCAGUCUGCAGGUUGGACGUCUCAAGGAUCAGGGCAAACUCGCUCCGGAGAUGGUCAGCAUGGUGAAGCGAAACAAUUGCGGGAAAGCUCUACAGCAUGCACGCAUCGUGCUUGAUAUUCUUGGUGGGAACGCGUCGGCGGACGAAUACCAUGUGGGUCGGCAUGUAGCUAAUCUGCAAGUAGUGAACACUUAUGAAGGUAAGCAUCUUCUCAAUGCAAUCUCCGACAUCCAUACACUGAUCCUUGGAAAGGCGAUUACUGGUAUCCAGGCUUUCGCCAACUAA